AUGAUCGGGUCGCUGGCGCUUCUUCUAGCAGCUAUACCAGCGAUUCGAACAACCGUACCCAUUGAUAAUGCCAUCAAGGGCCAACCCAUCAUCUCCUGUGGUACCCGAACAGUUUCAAUCGCAAUUGAAACUGCUAACCAAUUUUUUGGUAAUGUCUAUGUCAAGCUCAAUCCUCGAGGUCUCGUCGUUGAUACUACAAUAGUGCUGAUGUUUCAUCCGAUAUUUAUGACGCAAGUCGAUCGAGCUUACCAUGUUCAAUGCAAUUAUAUGGAAAGUAACGAACAGGUUACGCAGUCACUGGAUGUUAGUACACAAGCACCAACGGAACUUCCUCGAAGUGCUGCUGCCGCUGGUAAUAGGAAGCCGCCCACAUGCAAGUAUGAGGUUCUGAGCAAAGAUAAACAUGGUCCACCUAUAGUCUUUGCCACAAUAGGAGAGACUGUAUACCACAGAUGGACAUGCGAGGCCGACGACAAUCUUCAGUACUGCAUGACGGUACAUUCAUGCACCGCUGACGAUGGACAAGGUGUCGGCCAGCAGCUCAUUGACGAAAGAGGGUGA